GCACGUUGGCGGGUGGUAUGGAGCCCGGAGUGCACGCGGGAGGCGCAAGACUACCCGUUGCGGAAGCUGUAUUACUAGGGAUUGCGGUUCCAGAAGGCGCGUUGGCGGGAGGCGCUACACUACCCAUUGCGGUUCCAGGAGCCGUGCUAGCGGGAGGCGUAUUGACUAAAGUUGCACUGUCUGAAGACAUGCUGCCGGAAGCUGAUUUGCUGGGAGACGCACUGCUAGUGGAAGCGUUGCCAGGAGUAGAUGGGAGUUGGGGACAUAUCUACAAUGGAAAGAAAGGCGCAAUGGCUUGAGGAAUGAUUUAAGGACAAGAUAGCGGAAAGAUCGGAGGUUUGAUGCCCAAUAUUUAUAUUUUGUGAGCUUCGGGAUGGCCUGAAUCACAGAUCGGUGAGCCGAACGUGAGUUUGUUAAGUUUGGCAAGUUGAUUGAAGGUGAUCUCGGGAGGCUGGAGAUGUCCCAAUUGGAUGAUAAGUCUGGUGUGAUUGCAAAAUGGUCAGCACAUUGGAUAGCAAAGCAUACACACUGGUUGGGUACAUUUAGAUAGGUGGCAAAGCAGGA